AAAAAAUUCCCAGACUCGCUUAGCAGCUGAGCUAGCUCAUCCCCAACCACAGCUCACCUCCUCUUUCUUCGUUCGGCUCCGAUCCGGCUCACUAUUCGCGCCGAUCUGAUUCCCGCUCUCUUUUCUCCCUCCAUUUCUUUUCUCUCCUCAACCAAACCACCUCCCACCUUCUUCUUCUUCUUCUUCUUCGAUUCUCAUUCAUUUCUGAGAAUGGACUGGGCUUUAAGUAACGCUUUCAAAAAUUUCAAAGAUGGGGAACCCAAGUCCUUGAUGGAAAUGGGAGGCCUUCCCAUCAUUGUUGCAGGUGAUAUUGCUUACAAGGGAAAUGCUGCUACCACUCCCUCAUCGAAACCCAGGAAGAAGACCAUGACCUCUGUUUACCUCAAGUUUUUCGAGACAGCUCAGGACGGGAAGAGCCGCCGCUGCAAGUUCUGUGGACAAAGCUACUCCAUUGCUACUGCGACCGGCAAUUUGGGGAGGCACCUAGCUAAUCGGCAUCCAGGGUACGAUAAGUCGCCAGGAGAUGUUGCUGUCGCCAGUCCUUCACCACACACCUUCACUGUGAUCAGGAAAACUCAAUCCCAAGCAAAAGCAUCUCAAGUGGAUCAUGACCACUUGAAUUGGUUGCUUGUUAAAUGGCUUGCCUUGGCUUCGUUCCCUCCUUCAGUCUUGGAAGAGAAGUGGCUGGCAAACUCUUUUAAGUUCUUGAAUCCGUCGAUACAGCUCUGGCCGAGUGAGGAUUACAAGAACAUGUUUCGCGAAGUUUUUAGGAGUAUGCAGGAAGUAGUGAGAGCGUCUGUGGAAAAUGUUUCUUCAAAGGUCUCAAUCACACUUGACUUUUGGAAUUCUUAUGAAAGGAUUUUUUAUAUGAGUGUCACCUGUCACUGGAUUGAUGAGAAUUGGUCUUACCAGAAGGCCAUGCUUGAUGUUUGUCACAUUCCUUUCCCUGGUGGGGUUGUCGAGAUUUACAACUCUCUAGUGAAGGUUCUUAGGUUAUACAACAUUGAGGGUAGGGUACUCUCCUGCACCCAUGAUGAUAGUCAAAGUGCCUUACAGGACUUGGGAGGUCAGAGUGUAGGGAACUUCUGUUAUAUCCCCUGCUCUGCUCACACUUUGAGCUUGAUCAUAGAUGACGGAUUGAGAACCAUAGAACGAAUACUCGCUAAGGUCAGAGAGUUUGUAAUAGCUGUAAAUGCAUCAUCAGAGAUCACUGAGGAGUUUACUCAAUUGACUGGAGCUUAUCACGAAGGCACUUGGAAAUUUCCACUUGAUACCUCAACACGGUGGAGUGGCAACUACCAGAUGCUAGAUAUCGUAUGCAAGGCUUAUAAGUCCAUGGAUGCUGUUAUCAGGAAGUUUGAGACACUAGGCAAUAGGAUGCUGCUGACCAUUGUGGAGAAGAAUGCAGUCAUUAAUGUGCAUCGAUAUUUAGAACCCUUCUACAAAACCACACACAACAUGUGCACAAACAAGGUGCCGACAGUUGGAAUGGUUCUCUUCUUCAUGGAUCACAUUUCUGAGACGAUUGCUACGUGCAGAGAUUCACACCUUUAUCCAGAGUUAAAGAAUGCUGCGGAAGACAUGGCUAAAAAGGUUAGAGACUACAAUAGCCAGGUUUGCAACAUAUUUACCUAUAUGACAGCAAUUAUUGAUCCUCGAAUUAAAGGAGAGCUAAUUCCUGAGAGCCUUAAUUCAGACAAUUUUCUCGAGGAAGCUAGAACCCAUUUUAUCAGAAACUAUUCUAUCAAUCAUUUCCCAUCCAUGACUGGUGGUUACAAUACUCAAGAAAUAGAGGAGGGAGGUAAUGUCUCUUUUGCAGAGGAAAUUGCUAGAAAGAAAAGAAGGGCGAACACAAACAGUUCCACUGAUGAGCUCACUCAAUAUCUAUCAGAGCCUCCAGCUCCCCUAGCAACAGAUGUUCUCGAGUGGUGGAAGGUCAAUAGUAUGCGCUACCCGCGACUGUCCAUAAUGGCUCGGGACUUCUUGGCUGUGCAGGCAAAUUCAGUGGCACCUGAACAACUGUUCUGUGGCAAAGGUACUGAAAUCGAUAAGCAGCGAUAUUGCAUGCCGCAUGAUAGCACACAAGCUCUCCUUUGUAUCAGGUCAUGGUUACAGAGCGGGAUGAAGUUAAAGUAUAAGACUACCGAAAUAGAUUUUGAGCGUCUGAUGGAAUUAGCAUCAAGUGCUGAUAAUCAGAGUAGUAAUGCUGGCUCAGAGAAGAAACAAAGACAAUGACAGAAAUAGUGUCGACAGGGUAGAAUGGUAUUGUAACUGUUUUAAGUACUUUGUUGUAACUGUAUAUGGAUGUACAGUUCAAAAUUGUGAU